AGCACUCGGCCCGCGGCGCCAGGAGCGGGGGCGCCCGCGCGCGCGCAGGCACGGGCGCGGGGCCCCGGGGCUCUCGCGCCAUGCCGUGGUCGCGCCGCCUGCGCGGGCCAGCGCUGCUCCUCCUGCCGACGCAUCUGUGCGGGUGGUGACGACAGCUGCUGGACCGCCGGGGUGACGCGCGAGUACUGCUGCAACAUGCAGCUCGGUCCGGAGGGCAACACGAACUGCUGGGACGGCGACUUCACCUUCGACAGGUGCUGCAGAUCCGACGAGCCCGUGCCGCGCCUGCCCGACAGCCCCGACGCGUACCCCGCUUGCAUCGUCACCGGCAUCGUGCUCCGGCACUUAGGCGAGCACGGCGUGUUCGUCGACGUCACGAGCCACGGGUCCACCGGCUGCUUCCAGAACAACUGCAGCCACAGCGACAAGUUCGUGGCGGCGGACCCGGGCGUGUGCGCGCGGCGCUGCGCCGAGGACGGCGCGCUCCGGUGCUUCCUGCGGAGGUCGGACGGCGGCCGGCAGUGGGCCAAAGGGUGGUCCGCGGGCACCAAGGCCUGCGCGCCGGCCCCGCUCCCGGACGCCCACGCUGCGCUCGCCGUGAGAGCGAGGGCCUCAAGGCCUGCGACGGGGGCAAGGGCGAGGGCUGUCCGGACGUGCUCGCGGCGAUGCGCACGUGGCUGCUGGCGAUCGGGCACCUCGAGCGCGCGGCUCGCGGGCGCGUGGACCAGGUCACGAUGCAGCACGUCGACCAGAUUGCCGCCGAUUCAUCCAAUCUGGUGGAUCACGGGCGACUACCGUCCGAGCGACGCCGACUUCCCCCGCGUCGUCUUCAACAACAGGCUCAUCUUCAACUCCCUGAGGGACUGGCUGGACUCCCAGGCGAAGGCGGAGCUCGGCGAGCAGGACCUGUCCCUCCCAGUGCCCCUGCGCACCGGGGGGCUGUGCGGCGGGUCAUGCUACGAGCUGUGAGGCGCGCGCGCGCGCCCUCGAAAGAAAGUCGCAGGCUGGCCAGCGUCCCAGGGGGUGUUGACUUGUUCCCUAGGGGGCCCCCGGGUGUCCAGACUCCGCUCCCCGCGGCCAGCGUCUCCGCCUGCCUUGUGCCGUUGGCGGCCCCGAGGCCGGGCGCGGGGGCCAUGCGAGCAGGUCCGGGCCGUCCGUGGGCGCCGCAGCGCAGGCAAGCCCGAGCGGGCCCGGUCAGGGGCGCGCAGCGGUUGCCGGAUUGCGCCCUGCCUCGGCCUGCGCGCCGCCGCCAGGGCUCCUCGGCAGAGCGCACCCCCGCUGCGCGCGCGCGCUCGAGGGGCCCGACGGGCUCAGGGGGGUUCUUGGUUCUGCUCCGGGCGGAGGCAAUCCCAUGCCCCCGCCCCCUCGCGCCGUG